AUGUCUCGGGUGAGACCUCCCAUCAGGCUGAAUGUCUUGGCUGAGACCUCCCAUCAGGCUGAAUGUCUUAGGUUGGAGUCAGACAUUGGUCUGUUGGAGAGCGAGUGUCAGAGCUCAGCUAAAGAGCAGACCCUCACUGAGAGACUGAAGAAGACAGAGAGGUCCAAUGAAGACCUACAGAAAAGUCUCCAGAAGGAGCAUGAUGCUGUGAGUAACGCCUCACCCCAGCUGCCCGACCAGCUUCCUGACCAGCUCCCCAACCAGCUCCUCGAGCGGCAAGACAUCAGAGACUCCUCCACCACCUCUUCUCACCAGGCCACAGCCUCAGCAGCCCCUGCCUCUGGGGAGCACCCAAGGAAACCUGCGAUGUACGCCAUGGAGAUCAAUGUGGAGAAGGACAGAAAGACAGGGGACACCAGGAUCCUGUCAGCUUCUGCCGUCAGCCCUGACGAGGUGCCUGACCGCGGGGUCAAGGUCUUCGACGACGGCCGGAAGGUUGUCUACGAGGUCCUCUCGGGGAGGUCCUCCACCCUGGACAACGGGGUUCACCCCUGGAGCUCCCAGCAGGUAGACGAGCUGAUGCAGCGGGUCGGGGUGACCACCAGCUGGGCUCAGGGGGGCAAGGCUAAGGUCACCGUCAACCCCGCCGGCGUUGGUGACCCCAAAACCUCCCCAAACUCCGCUGACCUCCCUACCACCUAUACCCCCUCCACUACCCCCCCAGCCGUCCCUAGCUCUACCACCACGGCCCACAAGGUUCCCCAGGCUCCAGGCGCCCCCAUCAAAACCCAGCCUCUACCCUGCCGGGAGGUGACAUACGAGGGGGAGGUGACGGAGGCUCCCCAGGCCACGGCGGAGAAGCCGAUCACGAUGAUCUUCAUGGGCUACCAUAAUGUAGAUGACCAGGAUGAGACCAAGAGGCUGCUGGGAUUCGACGGCACCAUCAAGGCAGAGAUCGUCCUGAUCGAUGACGACGAUGAGAAGUCGCUACGGGAGAAAACGGUCACCGACGGUUACUCCACCAUGGAUGGCAACGCCGCCGACUUGGUGUCCGGCGCCCGGCCGCUCAGCGACACCACCGAGCUGUCGUCGGAGGGGAAGGACGAGAGCUCUGCCACGGCCACCAAGGAACUCCCCUCCCCAGCAGGUAUAGAGAAGAAACAGCGCUGCCAGUGCUGCACCAUCAUGUGACCUUCUCAUUACUUUAACUACACUACCCACAACUCUCUGUUACUCUUGGGACUGCAGGAAGGGAGGAGCUCGUUGGUUCAUCAAGGCUCUGAUCUUCCUCCUCCCUAAACCCUCCUCAUCUUCCUAUUCCUCCUCACGGCUACUAACAAAACCUGCCCUCUGACCUCUGGGACUUGGCUGGGUUGACAUCACUCUCUUUAACUUUGACCUUUGACCCAUGACCUCUCCCCUUUGUGAGCCUGUGUCUGACCCUUAACCUGACGAUGCUCUCACACUCUCCUAUUUCAGGUGAACCCUUAUACCAACUAAAGAUUUAGCUGCAUAGUUCUAGUGUCUCCUCUCUGACGUCUAACACAGGGAGAACAUGUCUGUAACACAGGCAGAACAUGUCUGUAACACAGGCAGAACAUGUCUGUAACACAGGCAAAACAUGUCUGUAACACAGGCAGAACAUGUCUGUAACACAGGGAGAACAUGUCAUUCAGUGGAUAAUGUGACACAGUGUAGUGAUACACACUGUCCUGACUAUGGACUCUGGCCAAAAGCAUUAUAUUGGGAAUAUGGUGCCACCUGGGAUGCUGCCUUAGUCUGCUGAAGUCCACUGUGCAUCACGGCGGAGUAACAGGACCCUAGUUUACAUGUAAAGUUAACAUGGUGCUAACAAUUAUGGGGUCUGGCUUAGCUCUGCACAAGCCAACCACAAAUAUAAUUGCAGUGCAAUCCUUGAAAAGGUAGCUCAUUGCAGUUUUCCUUACUCAAAAGCAAUGAGCAGGAAGCUCAUACUAACAUGCUUUAUACACAACCAAUCUUGUUGGAUACUUAAGGUGGAACUGACAGCCUUUUAACUGUAGAUCUGAAACAAACAGACAAUCAUAAUAUCUGUAAAAAAUAUCAAAUUAUCAGAUUAUGCUACAAAACCAACUUUC